AUGUCUUCAUCCUGCUGUGCUGAUGCUGCAGUCAGCAUUGGCACUGCAAUUAGGAGAGCCCUGUGGGGGCCCUUUGAAGGUGUAGGAGAAGGUGAUGAGCUCCUGAGCAAGGCCUACGCCGUGCUGAGCGACGCGGAGCAGCGGGCUGUGUAUGAUGAGCAGGGCACGGUGGACGAGGAGGGUGAGGUGCUGGGCGGCGAGCGGGACUGGCUGGAGUACUGGAGGCUGCUCUUCAAGAAGAUCACAACAAAGGACAUUGAAGACUUUGAGAAGAACUACAAAAAUUCGGAAGAAGAGCUGGCUGAUAUUAAAGCUGCCUACGUGGAUUCUGAGGGGGACAUGGACAGGAUCAUGGACUCCCUGUUGUGUGUGGACUAUACGGAUGAACCCAGAAUUCGGGAGGUCAUAGAAAAAGCCAUCGAGUCUGGAGAAGUCCCCUCCUACAAGGCUUUUGUAAAGGAGUCUAAGCAGAAAAAGAUGGCAAGGAAAAGGCGGGCAGAAAGAGAAGCUAAGGAAGCCGAAGCAACUAAAGAAGAACUGGGCCUUGGUGAUGAAGAUGACUUGAAAGCACUGAUUCAGAGCCGAAAUCAAGAUCGCAAAAAGAAAAUGGAUGACUUUUUGGCCCAAAUGGAAGCAAAAUAUGGGAACAGUGCUAAAAAAGGAGCAAAGAAGACUGCAGGCAAGAAAGGAAAGAAAUAA